AUGAUAUCUCCUCUCACUCUCAUCUCCAGAUUGUUCAUCACUACUACUGGAUACACUCAUUCUCUCCUCCCUCUUCUGUUCUUCACUUUCAUAUCUCUGGUAGUCUUCCUGAUCACUCUCAAUAGUGGAUUCAUUCAUCCUUUUUUGUGUUGUCAAUUCUUCUGCUUCCUCUUUCUCCUCCUUUUCCCUAACUUCAUGCUCUCUUCUGAUUUAAAAUUGCCCUGUCUCUUCUUUGUUGACACUGCUGUGUUAAAUCCCUUUUGCACCACCAUUUUGUUCAGCUUAGCAACCGCCAAGGAUAAAUGCCAUGGAUAUGGCAAGCAGAUUGAAAACUGUGGCACAUUACAAGGUGUAUGGUACAACCAACUUGGUUCACAGCUGAUACUUGUACAUCGCUCUGAUGGCACAUUAGAAGGGGAAUACCGUACCAGUGUGGAGGUGGAGAUUGGUGAUGCUGGUACUUCACAUUCUAUUGUCAUAGGUUCAGCUCCAUAUUCCCCUGGAGCUUCCUUUGGCUUCUCUGUUGUAUGGAAUGGGGGACAAUCAACAACAGUGUGGACAGUUCUUAUUCUCAAUUCUAUCUUUCCUUUCUUUUUCUUCUUUGUUUUAUUUUUCUCCUCUCUUUUUCUUUUCUCUUUCUUAUUCUUCCUUUUUAUUCUUUUUUCUUUUUUUUUUUUAUUUAUCACCUUUCUUUUCCUUCUUGUUUUUAUUUCUCUUCUUUUUCUUUUUUACAUUUCUCUUUCUUUCUUUCUUUCUCUUUCUUCCUUCUUUCACUUUCUUAUUUCUCUUUUUCUUAUAUUUUUAUUCUCUUUUUUCAUUUCUCUUUCUUCCUCUUUGAUUCUUUCAAUUUCUUCUUCCUCAUUUUUUUAUUUCUCUCCUUUUUCUUCCUUUUACAUUUCUCUUUCUUUCUUUCUCUUUCUUCCUUCUUUCACUUUCUUAUUUCUCUUUCUUAUUUUUUUUAUUCUCUUUUUUCAUUUCUCUUUCUUCCUCUUUGUUUCUUUCACUUUCUUCUUCCUCAUUUUUUUAUUUCUCUUCUUUUUCUUCCUUUUACAUUUCUCUUUCUUUCUUUCUCUUUCUUCCUGCUUUCACUUUCUUAUUUCUCUUUUUCUUAUAUUUUUAUUCUCUUUUUUCAUUUCUCUUUCUUCCUCUUUGAUUCUUUCAAUUUCUUCUUCCUCAUUUUUUAUUUCUCUCCUUUUUCUUCCUUUUACAUUUCUCUUUCUUUCUUUCUCUUUCUUCCUUCUUUCACUUUCUUAUUUCUCUUUCUUAUUUUUUUUUCUCUUUUUUCAUUUCUCUUUUCUUCCUCUUUUUCUUUCUUUCUUUCUUCUUCCUCAUUUUUUUUAUUUCUCUUUUUUUCUUCCUUUUACAUUUCUCUUUCUUUCUUUCUCUUUCUUCCUUCUUUCACUUUCUUAUUUCUCUUUUUCUUAUUUUUUUAUUCUCUUUUUUCAUUUCUCUUUCUUCCUCUGUGAUUCUUUCAAUUUCUUCUUCCUCAUUUUUUUAUUUCUCUCCUUUUUCUUCCUUUUUACAUUUCUUUUCUUUCUUUCUUUUCUUCCUUCUUUCACUUUCUUAUUUCUUUUUUCUUAUUUUUUUUAUUCUCUUUUUUCAUUUCUCUUUCUUCCUCUUUGUUUCUUUCAAUUUCUUCUUCCUCAUUUUUUUUUUUUCUCUCCUUUUUCUUCCUUUUUACAUUUCUCUUUUUUUUCUUUCUUUUCUUCCUUCUUUCACUUUCUUAUUUCUCUUUUUCUUAUUUUUUUUUAUUCUUUUUUUUCAUUCUUUUCUUCCUCUUUGUUUCUUUUUACACUUUCUUCUUCCUCAUUUUUUUUUUAUUUCUCCUUUUUCUUCCUUUUUUACAUUUUUCUUUCUUUCUUUUUUCCUUCUUUCACUUUCUUAUUUCUCUUUUUUUAUUUUUUUUAUUCUCUUUUUUCAUUCUUUUCUUUCCUCUUUGAUUCUUUUCUUUCUUCUUUUUUUUUUUAUUUCUCUUUUUUUCCUUUUACAUUUCUUUCCUUUCUUCUUCUUUCUUUCUUUCUUUCUUAUUUCUUUUUCUUUUUUUUAUUUCUUUUCAUUUUUUUUUCCUUUUGUUUCUUUCACUUUCUUUUCCUCAUUUUUUUAUUUCUCCCUUUUUUCCUUUUUACUUUCUUUUUUUCUUUCUCUUUUCCUUCUUUAUUUUUAUUUUUUUUUUAUAUUUUUAUUUUUUUUUCAUUUCUCUUUUCUUUCUUUGAAUUUUCUUCUUCUUCAUUUUUUUUAUUUCUCCUUUUUCUUCCUUUUUACAUUUCUCUUUUCUUUUCUUUCUCUUUCUUCCUUCUUUCACUUUCUUAUUUCUCUUUUCUUAUUUUUUUUUUAUCUUUUUUUCAUUUCUCUUUCUUCCUCUUUGUUUCUUUUCACUUUCUUCUUCCUCAUUUUUUUUAUUUCUCUUUUUUCUUCCUUUUUACAUUUCUUUUCUUUCUUUUCUUUCUUCCUUCUUUCACUUUCUUAUUUCUCUUUUUUUUAUUUUUUUUUAUUCUCUUUUUUCAUUUCUCUUUCUUCCUCUUUGUUUCUUUCACUUUCUUCUUCCUCAUUUUUUUAUUUCUCUUUUUUCUUCCUUUUACAUUUCUCUUUCUUUCUUUCUCUUUCUUCCUUCUUUCACUUUCUUAUUUCUCUUUUUAUUUUUUUUUUUCUCUUUUUUUCAUUUCUCUUUCUUCCUCUUUUGUUUCUUUUUCAAUUUCUUCUUCCUCAUUUUUUAUUUCUCUUUUUUCUUCCUUUUUACAUUUCUUUUUCUUUCUUCUUUCUUUCUUUAUUUCACUUUUUUUAUUUCUUUUUCUUUUCUUAUUUUUUUAUUCUCUUUUUCAUUUCUCUUUCUUCCUUUUGUUUUCUUUCACUUUCUUCUUCCUCAUUUUUUUAUUUCUCUUUUUUUUUCUUCCUUUUUUAUUUCUUUUUCUUUUCUUUCUUCCUUUCUUCCUUCUUUCACUUUCUUAUUUCUCUUUUCUUAUUUUUUUUUUUCUCUUUUUUCAUUUCUUUUCUUCCUUUUUUUCUUCCUUCUUUCACUUUUCUUUCUUCCUCAUUUUUUUUAUAUUUUUCUCCUUUUUCUUCCUUUUUAUUUUCUCUUUCUUUCUUUCUCUUUCUUCCUUCUUUCACUUUCUUUUUUCUCUUUUUCUUAUUUUUUUUUUUCUUCUUUUUUUCAUUUCUUUUCUUCCUUAUUUGUUUCUUUUUUUUCAUUUUCUUCUUCCUCAUUUUUUUCAUUUCUCUCCUUUUUUUAUUUUCCUUUUUCAUUUCUCUUUUUCUUUCUUUCUUUUUCUUCCUUCUUUUCACUUUCUUAUUUCUCUUUUUCUUAUUUUUUUAUUCUCUUUUUUCAUUUCUCUUUCUUCCUCUUUGUUUCUUUCACUUUCUUCUUCCUCAUUUUUUUAUUUCUCUCCUUUUUCUUCCUUUUACAUUUCUCUUUCUUUCUUUCUCUUUCUUCCUUCUUUCACUUUCUUAUUUCUCUUUUUCUUAUUUUUUUAUUCUCUUUUUUCAUUUCUCUUUCUUCCUCUUUGUUUCUUUCACUUUCUUCUUCCUCAUUUUUUUAUUUCUCUCCUUUUUCUUCCUUUUACAUUUCUUUUUUUUUUCUUUCUCUUUUCUUCCUUCUUUCACUUUCUUAUUUCUCUUUUUCUUAUUUUUUUUUAUUCUCUUUUUUCAUUUCUCUUUCUUCCUCUUUGUUUCUUUCACUUUCUUCUUCCUCAUUUUUUUAUUUCUCUCCUUUUUCAUUUCUCUUUCUUCCUCUUUGUUUCUUUCACUUUCUUCUUCCUCGUCUUUUUUUAUUUCUCUCCUUUUUCUUCCUUUCUCUUUCUUUCCUCUCUGUUUUUCUUUCUUUAUUUCUCACCUUUCUCCUAUUUUUUUAAUCUUUUCCUUUUUUCUUUCUUUCACUUUCUUCUUUCUCUUUUUCCUUUUUAUUUCUAUCCUUCUUUUCUUUCUUUCUUUGUUAUUUCUCUUUAUUACUCUCCUCUUUUUCUUCCUUUUUUUCUCUCCUUUCCUUUCUCUCCUCUUGUUUUUUUUAUUUCCUGCCUUUCCCUCUCUCUUUUUCACCUACUCCAUCUAUUUCCUCUCGCAUCUUAUACUGCAUCCCCAGCAACACAACUGUUGCCAUCUCUCUUUCUCUUCUAUCUAUUUAUCUAUCUAUCUAUCUAUCUAUCUAUCUCUCUCUAUACCCAUACAUGCACACAUUUUGAAUUUUUUUCACCCCAGGAUUUGAGAUAUAGCUCACUUUGCGAUGAUUCGCUGUUUUUUCUCUAUUAG